UGGAGGUCAUACUGGUAAGUAGUUUUGUGUUGGGGUGAUGCAAGACUUCUGCGAAUAAAACAGAAAAUUGGAUAAUUUGUCGCUAUUUAGCUACACGCUUUGGUAAAGGUCGAUCGCCAUCAUGGCCAAGUUGUUUGAAACGAUUGGGAAGCUUGGCCUUGGUCUGGCAGUGGUGGGAGGUGUGGUGAACUCGGCCCUCUAUAACGUGGAUGCCGGUCACAGGGCUGUCAUAUUUGACCGUUUCAGAGGCGUGCAGACUGUCGUCACUGGAGAAGGCACACACUUCCUCAUUCCCUGGGUGCAGAAGCCAAUCAUCUUUGACUGCCGUUCUCGUCCUCGCAACGUUCCCGUGAUCACUGGCAGUAAAGAUCUCCAAAAUGUGAACAUCACACUGCGUAUCCUGUUCAGGCCGGUGACUACUCAGCUCCCACGGAUCUUCACCAGCAUCGGAGAAGAUUACGAUGAGCGAGUCCUCCCGUCCAUCACUACAGAAGUUCUGAAGUCUGUUGUGGCCCGCUUUGACGCCGGCGAGCUGAUCACGCAGAGAGAGCUGGUGUCCAGGCAGGUCAGCGAGGAUCUGACCGAGCGAGCGGCCACCUUUGGGCUCGUCCUCGAUGACGUCUCUCUGACGCACUUGACGUUCGGCAAAGAGUUCACGGACGCCGUUGAGGCCAAACAGGUGGCGCAGCAGGAGGCGGAAAGGGCGCGCUUUGUAGUGGAGAAGGCCGAGCAGCAGAAGCAGGCCACCAUCAUCUCUGCCGAAGGCGACUCCAAGGCCGCCCUGUUGAUCGCGGAGUCCCUGGCCAAAGCCGGCGAUGGGCUGGUGGAGCUGCGGAAGCUGGAGGCGGCCGAGGACAUCGCCUUCCAGCUGUCGCGCUCGAGGAACAUCACGUACCUGCCGUCGGGACAGACCACCCUACUGCAGCUGCCGCAGUGACCCCCGCGGCCCCCGCUCUGAAUGCGCGCCUUUCCGGCUGGUGACCUGCGGCCGUUGGCCACUCGAUUGGAUCCCAGUUUUGAAUUUGAAGUUUGUUUAUUUGACAAUUUCAUUUAAGAGCCUCGUGAACGUGUCGUCUCGGAGGGUCUUCUCUUUAUCAAAAAUUGAAUGCUCAGUUUCUACUCUACAGCCCAUGGACUCGAGUGUGCAGUCCGGUGGUGAAGCGAAGCGUCUCGUCUCGCCCCCCUUUCGUAAGUGUAGUUCCAGUAAUAAAAG